AUGGGUGAUCCCUGGCCACCGGCAGAGUACAGAAAGUCUUCAGAGAGUUUUUAACACCCUCAUCAUCCUGCUUUUUGCAGGAGGAGCAGAAGGGAUGGGGGCAGCUAAAGCACUCCGGCUGCCCACUGCAAGUACCAGCUCAUUUCUGGUGGGGACAUAGCCAAACCGUGGCUGCAAGACCCAAGCCUCCUGUACCUUUCUGACCUCCCGUUGGGUGAAUCCUGGAUUAUUUUGCAUAGGAAACAGGCAGGGUGAACAGGGUGUUGCUAGCAAACCAGUUCCCAGCGGUGGGAGUGAGCUUGAGUUCUGGGCAUGGUGGAAACCACGCUGCAGCUGAUAGCCCUGCCUUGGACUUCUGCAAGCGCAAUGGCUUCUGCUUGCAGUUUUGUGCUGUUUAUUCUCAUAACCUUUCCUGGCAGAGGCUGACCAGCUGAACGGACAAUCUUCCAGGAUGUGCUGGGAGGAAUGGAGCAAGCAGCAGGGAGCUGCCCCGAGUGCAGCUCUGGGGUUGGGUUUGCAGGAGUGGUCCGCACGUGUCUCCAGGUGCCUUAACGAGGCAUGCAAUUACAGUGGGCAGCUUCUGUCAGGAGACGAUUUCUGAAAGGUCACACACCCAACAGGACGGUGUGGCAAUAACAAGGAAGUGUUUGAGGUCUCAGGAACCUCAGAGAAGGAGAGCACCCAAGCAGCCACCUCCGAGGAGCUGUUCCUGUGGGCUGGAAGGAGAGGACAGGAGCUCCUGGAGGUGAAACCCAUGGCUGGUGUUUGCUGAGAGUCUUCGACUAAGCCCAUCAAGAGGGUCUUCCAAUGGGGAAAAACCUCAACAAUUUAAACUCAAGGGGACAUGGACUAAGUGGGCUGAGAAUAUGAAAAGAAAAUAAAAUGAUUAUUUAAAUUCCAGAAUAAGAAACUGAGGCAGUAAGAGGAAAAAGUGAAAGAAAAAAAAUCUCACUUAAGAGAAUACACGGCACAAAACUGGUGUUGGCUAAGCGUGGCCAAGUGCUUUCUUCAGCUGAGACCUUACAAUCGCUGGCUGCCGCUCGCUGAGAAAGGAGAUAGGGCGUGAAAGAGAUAAAGGUGGUGCUUUAUGUUAAUGGCAACGUUACCUGUUCUUGAGCUACGGGUAAUUCAGAGCAGACUGCAUGUAGAUCAGCGCGCUAAUUAGCAAAGCCCAGGAGGGAGUGCUGCAUGCAUGCCUGCGAGGACGACUGACUGCCUCGUCAAACGAGGCCCGGGAUGGAUGUCUCUCUACAGGCUUAUUUGCCAUGUGUGAAAAGAAAACGGUGUUUGCAUAGAGAAUUUGAUUCUGGGACACUGCCUGCAGGCCACAGCGAAGUCUCCUGAGAGCUUCUGAGGGUGCCGGAUUAUAACUUCCCUGCGGAGGAGGUACCCGUCCGGCACACACCUUCCACAUCUCAUCGUGGUGGAUGAAGAGUUUGUCACUGCACCAGAAGCGGUUACUUGCCUGAUUGCAAUCAACAUCAGCAGAAUCAGGCCAAUCAUCGGUAGUCAGAGAGGAAUUUGGCUUUUUAAAGCGGCUGACUUUCCCCAAACUGCAGAAAAUACAAAGUGUGGUUCAUCCUGAAGGAAACGUGGUGAAAUUUACUGAAAAUUGGGGAGCUUAUGAAGAGUUCAGCAGAUGACCAAAAGCCAUAGUUAAAACAGGCUGAUUUUAAUUCCGUUCUGUGCAGCACUCUGAGUGUGAGCUCUUGGGGAUGGAAAUCCCAAAUGUGAUAAAUGGGCCGAAGCUCUGCAACUUGCCGGGGAGGUGCUGCUGGAUGGUGGCUGGUAGGUAGGGGGUCUCACUGCACAAAAAUCAGCUCAAGGCCCACUUUUUUUAAGCUGUCAUCUUAAAAUAAACAUCAAAUGGUUGCUGGGCACACCUCGGAGCAGACAGGAUGGGUCACGUUGCCAGAAGGAGGUGCUGUGCCUUGGUGACACUGAGGAAGGCUCCAGUGUUAUUAUCAAGCGUGAGUCACUGCGGCCGGCCGAGCGCCCUGUUGGGAAGGAGAGGAACCAGGAAUAACGCCCUGGCCUCCUGUCCCUGUGCGAGCAGUCAGGUUCGCCCUCUCCUCCCUCCGUGAGAGGUUUCAGUUCAUCAUCCCGGUUUGACGGAGGCGGAGACCGGGUUGGCAAAUCCAGUCUGCGUGCCUGAGAAGUGACCGGAUUUCCAGAGGCACGGGGAGGCUGCGGGCUCUCCUUUGAGUCUCUGGGAGUGCUCUGCAAAUCGGGGUGCCACUUUUGGGGCCAUAACACAGCAUUUAACCAAUGUUGGGAUCCCCAGCUUUCAGACCACUGGGGCUGAAUGGCGUCUAAGCUGAAAGUUUGAGUCUACCGAAGAUUUCCAAGGGGCUUUUUUGGGGGGGUGGGAGGUGCUGCUGGGGCUGGCAGCCACGAUUAGGGUUUUGGGGACCUGACACAGCUCCUUGCAGGCUGGGGAAUUGAUGGGUCCCUGCGCUUAGGACGGCACCGAAGCGGCACAGCCAGGCCCUACAAUCCUCCCUGCUCCUGUACAGACCUCUGCGGUUUUGGGAAGCAGCAGGGGUGAAGAAAUUAGCACGGCUGGUGCCAAGGCCUGGCGGAGGCAGCUAAUGAGGUGAAGAGAGAAGAGAAAACCUGCGUGGCCCGGUGCCUCUCCGCAAGCAGCAAUUCCCAGCGGCGCCUGGCACCCUGCUCCGGACUGGGACGGCAACCUGGGUGCUGGCAAGGGGAGCCGAGAUUUUGGCGAGAGAAGCCGGGGAAGAAAAGUGGUAAAAGGGAGCGGGCAGAGGCCGAGGAGUGAAUGAGGCUGGGGGACGCGCCAGGAGGGCGAGGGGCGGCGGGGGGAUGCUGAGAGCGGGCAGCGGGGCUGUCGGGGGGCGCGCAGGGGGGGUCCUUGGCUACUGCUGGCCCUUGGCUCGCCAUCCCCGGCUGGUUUUUGGCUUUUUGGCUUGGAGGAGCCGAGCCCAGCAGGGCGGGAGGAGCGCGGCAGCCACAGCCCCUCCCCGCAGCCCGCCCCCGAGCCGUGCCGAGCCGGGCUGAGCCGUGCCGGGACAGCGGGUCGGGGGCUCUCAGGGUGCCCCGAAUUGUCUCGGGAUGCCGCCGUGCUGCGUGGGGACCCGCAGCCCACGCUGAAUCGGGGGCGGAGGGGAGGUGAGCGCUCCCCGGCCAGGCUCUGGAUGAAGGCUGAGGAUGUGCUAUGGAGCCGGGAUUCAACUGCUCCGACCUCUGCGGUGCCAGCCCCGGUUUCGGCAGCCAGGAGCAGCAGCAGAGGACGCUGCGGGAGCUCUGCACCGUCACAGUCGUACACGUCUUCUGACCGCGGCGGGAAGAGCUCCCCGUCUUUCUCUGCUGCCCUCCUGGGCGUCGUGUGGACGUUCCUGACCGGAGGGGUCCUGCUGGCCCUCUUCUUUCUGGCCUUCACGAUUCGCUUCAGGAAAAACAGGAUCGUGAAGAUGUCCAGCCCCAACCUCAACGUUGUGACCCUGCUGGGCAGUGGCUUGACUUACACCAGUGCCUACCUCUUUGGGAUUCAGGAGCAGAGCCUGCCGUCCAGGGACUCGGUGGAGACGCUUAUCCAGGUUCGGCUCUGCCUGCUGUGUGUGGGGACCUCCCUGGUGCUGGGCCCUGUCCUGGGGAAGAGCUGGCGGCUCUACAAGGUGUUCACCCAGCGGGUGCCGGACAAGCGGGUGAUCAUCAAAGACCUCCAGCUGCUGGCGAUGGUGGCAGCGUUGGUGUUGGCAGACGCCGUGUUGCUCCUGACGUGGGUCUUCUCCGAUCCGGUCCAGUGCUUCCGAAGCCUCAGCAUCUCAGUGCGGGCGACAGAGAAAGGCAUGACCUGUUCAGUGAGCCGGAUGCAGUCCUGUGCAUCUCUUUAUUCCGAUCUUUGGCUCGUUCUCAUUUUAGGGUUUAAGAGCGUCCUGCUGCUCUACGGGACCUACCUGGCCGGCCUGACCGACAACGUCAGCUCCCCGCCGGUCAACCAGUCCCUGACGCUCGUGGUGGGGGUCAACCUCAUCUUCCUGGUGGCCGGCGCCGUCUUCUUGCUGCACCGUUUCUUCCGCACUUGGCACAACUUGCUCUUUGGCUUCACCUCCGGCGGCAUCUUCGUGUGCACGACUACGAUCAACUGCUUCAUCUUCGUCCCGCAGCUCAGGCAGUGGAAGGCCUUUGAAGAAGAAAGCCAAACCCUCAGCCACAUGGCAAAAUAUUUCACCAGCCCGAGCAGGAGCUGCCACUCGGUGUACAGCGAGGAGCAGCUCUACCAGCUGAUAGGGGAGAAAAACUCCAUGAAGCGGCUGCUGACGGAGAAAAACGCCGUGAUCGAGAGCCUGCAGGAGCAAGUGAACAACGCCAAGGAGAAGCUGAUGAGGCUGAUGUCUGCGGAGGGCGGCUGCGACCCCGCGGUGCUGGCUCCUUGCACCCGGAGCACGGGGUGGCACGGCGAGCGGCGUGGCUGUGCUGCGGCCCCUGGGGAUGUGCCUGGGGACCGCUGCCCCCCGGAUCCGGAGCAGGAUGGGCAGCAGCCUCCUCAGUUGCUGCAUGCAUCGCCACGCAGUCUGGUGCCUUGUAGUGGCGAUGCUCAGGAUCUCUGGAAACGCAUGAGCCACGAGCACAUGCUGCCGGAGGAGCCCGAUUGCUCUCCGGUGCUGCUUUUUGGCACGGGGGAUGACCCCGAACGCAGCCCUAAAGAUGCCCAGGAACAUGGGGUGCUUGCGGGGAAGGGGCAUCCUCUGGAGCCUGGCCAGGACAUCGCAGCUGCUGCGUCCAGAGAGCAUCCCCCCAAGGUCAGCUACGUGAGCAGCGAGAAGCUGCAGGAAAUCUUGCAAGAUCUGAGCCUGGACGGCAGGACCUGCAGCCCGGCCUUCCCUAAACGUGGGGCGGGGAUGUGGGGGGUGCAGGAGGGGUACCCAGCCGCCCGCAAUCCCCUCAGCCCCUACCUGACGAGGCGGAGGCGGCACGUCCCGCUGCCCCCUGCCUCUGCCGGCUUCCCCGUGUCCCCGUCCUCGGUGGGCAGGCUGGGAACGUGGGGCUGCGGGGAGCCAGCAGGGAGGGAAGGUGAAGGAGCUGGCAGAGGGCUCCAUCACCCAGCAUUGUCCUCUCCAUCCAUCCCCACCGAGGGAUGGCCGGAGCCCCAGGGCUGGGAGGCGAGGGGCACGGGCUCAGAGAGUCACCACCACGCUUCCCCGCGGGACUGGCAUCAGCGGGGUGCCCCCGGGGUGCCGGCUCGUCCCGCCCUGCACUCGCUGUACCAUUACCCAGACUCGGACUCCAGCAGCAGCUCCGAGGAGAUGUUUCCCUGCUGCCACCGGCCCUGCUGCCAGGCCUGCCUGCACAGCCCCCGCGGCUCCCUGAGCAGCAGCAGCACGGACACGGACACGGACACGGAGCCUGGCGGGGCCGCAGGACGCUGGCUGGAGCCCCAGGGCAGGGCUCAGCCCGUUGUGAACUUCAAAGAAGAUCUGAAACCCACCUUUGUGUGACCACAAGCACCCCCGCCCCAAAGGCGAGUGCCCCCUUCCUCCUGAAGCAUGCUCUGUGAAUAAAAACACGGUGAUGCAAAAGAAAUGCAUCCCCCUGGGAUGGAGACAGCAGCACUCACAGCCGUGGCCAAGCCACAGCCUCACAGCUGAGGGCAAAUUGGAGACUCUGGAGAGGCUUGGCAGUGCCUGAGCAUGAGCACGGGGUCCAAAGGUGACAUCUCUGCAGGUGGCCUUGCCUUUUGUGCAGCUCGGCUGCACGGUCGUAGGUUAGACUCAGGUUGGCGCUGAAGGAAAGGACAAGCAAGCAGUCUUAAAGAGGAUCUGAAAAGGUUUCUCUCUUUCUUUCUUUUUUUUUUUCUUUUUUUUUUUUUUCUCCUGCAGCUUGUGUGCCCUUCCGUAUGCCUUUGUGGUGGAUGAAGUAGCCUGGAAUGUUUUAGGUUUGUUUAAAUUAAUAUGAUCUGUUUAAUUUUAUUAUUAUUAUUAUUAUUAUUUUGUCUGAGAAAUAUCAAAAGCAGCAAACGCGGUGUGCCCACUAUUUUUGGGAUGUUUGUGGAGGCCUUUCAGCACCUGGCUGCCUUCACAGGAGAAGCGAGGGGCUCUGAAACCUGAAGCCCAGCCCGCGGAGACCCCUUUGCAGGCAGGAUGCCUUUGCUGAAAGGGAUGGUAACGGAGGCACCCCCAACCCCGAUAUGGAUGAUGCAGAUCCCUCUCAUUAUCCUUUAUGAAGGUCAAAUAUCUCGCUGCUGUAUCCCCUCACCAGCACCGCCUUUUCUUCCCCAGCACUUCUUCCCCGGAUUUGCUGAAUCCUGCAUUCCUAGGGCAAACCACCAAACCCCAUCACCUUAAGGAGAAAAAUAUCCCCACAGCCCCUCAUCAUUCCCGAUACGGAAACUCCCCAAAGUGUGAUCCCAAUUCCCAAAUCCCGUGUCCUGGGGGGCAGAGGUAUCCCUUUCACCAGCUGUUGGGCUGGAUGGAUGCUGACCACAGCGGGCAGGUGGUGGGCAAAGGGCUGGGGCUGCCACCCGUUCCUGCUCACCCCUGCAGAGGAGGAGGCGAAGCAGCGGGGUUUGGUGUCCUGGGUUUGAUGCCUGCCAGGUGGGAUGGGGCAAGAGAUGGCAGCAUGGUCAUGGGGAACGAUCAAACGCUGAGCCAUCUGGAAGCAGCUGAUAUAAAAAUUAACUUGAAAUCUACUGGCGAAUGCAGAAAAAAUCCUCUGGGGGACUUUGAACCAGUGGUGUGUUUGGAA